ACGAGGGGCCUGCCGUGGGGGAGGGAAUGCACUUGCGCGCUGCCUUCAGCGAGGCGGUGACCGCGCCGUCCUGGAGGAAGGCUGCGAGGCGACGCGCUUGGGAAGGCAGACAUUGAGUGAAGCAGUGUACCAAGGGAACACUGAGCUGGAAGAGCAGCCAGGACCCAGUCGUCAUGGCCUCCGUGUCCACUCAGGAAAGCCAGGAGAAAAGCCCUGGUUGGCCACCACUGAACAAGAAGAGUAUGCUGUUUUGCCCAAAAUCAAAAUUGCACAUCCACAAAGGAGAGAUCGCAAAGAUCAUCCGAGAAUGUCAAGAGGAAAGUUUCUGGAAGAGAGCUCUGCCUUUUUCUCUUGUAAGCAUGCUUGUCACUCAGGGACUCGUCCACCAAGGUUAUUUAGCAGCCAACCCAAGAUUUGGGUCAUUGCCUAAAGUUGCACUUGCUGGUAUCUUGGGAUUUGGACUGGGUAAGGCCUCCUACAUUGGAGUGUGCCAGAGUAAAUUCCAUUCCUUUGAAAAUCAGCUCCGUGGGGCUGGAUUUGGUCCACACCAUAACAGGCACUGCCUGCUUACCUGUGAGGAGUGCAAAACCAGGCAUGGGCUGAGCCAGAAGGGAGACAAACAGCCAUCAGCUUCCUAAGCUUUUGAAAAUUUUUAAAUCCCUGAAUUUGAAUGCAUUAAAAAUUUCAAGUAUACUUUCAAACAUACUUCUAGUGGGUGGAAUAAGACCGUUGUGAUUGUGUCACUAUUACGCUUUCCCUAACGGGCUGUCAGUACAAUUGAGCACAUGUUUUUCUGCUCCUUGUGACAAUGUGCUGGGAGUCCUCACCCACUGAAACAGAAAUGUUGUACCCUCCCAUACUUAUGGCUAAGUAAAAGAAUUCA